UCUUUUUAAUCAAUUCUCAGUGGUCUGCAGUCAUUAAUUUGUGUAAUUAUUGAUUCAAUAACUCUCAAAGAUAACCUUCAACCUCGACUGCGUUACAACGAAUUUCGUUAUUAGGUGGUUUUCCCCCGAGAAAAUAAGAAACAUUUCACGCUCCGCCUGCUUCAAAACAAUCUUUACCCAGUGAAGAAACAAUGAGAGUUUUUUUAAUCAUUGCUUUAACAAGCCUUGUUUUCGCACAAGACAAUAAAGAGGACGCUAUAAAUAGCAUCUUCGGCACGAACAGUUCCUUCGCUGACUUCCUGUCCAACUACGAAGAAGUGACGCCUCCGCCGUUGAAAAGUUUCGGCGCUUUGACGAAAUGUGGUGAAGGUGAACAACAAAACCGUUUUGUGUGUGUGCCUUACUACAACUGUGACCCUAACACCAACACCGUGCAAGAAAACGCCGACAUUGACGGCACCAACAAAAUCAACAUUCGAAUGGGCGAGGACGAGCCAAAGUGUGACCAUUACUUGGAAAUUUGCUGUAAAUUGGCCGGUGGUGCGAACUCCUCCAACCUCCAGUCAACACCUCCACCAACCACAACAGCGGCCCCUAACGUCAGGACGGACAAACCGAGGGGAAAUAGCACUCAAUUGGCCAACUGCGGUGUUAGGAACAGCCAAGGGCUCGAUUUUAACUUGAUCGGGAGCACGAACGAGGCUAACUUUGGCGAGUUUCCGUGGAUGUUGGCUAUUUUGAGGAAGAACCCAACCGGUGGCCAGAAACUUGCACUUUGUGGCGGUUCGCUAAUCGGCCCACGGGUGAUUUUGACCGGAGCCCACUGUGUUCACAAUGUUGACGUUAAUGAUAUUAAAGUCAGAGCUGGGGAAUGGGACACGCAGACCACCAACGAACGAAUCCCCUUUCAGGAGCGAAACGUUGCGCGGAAAAUCGUCCAUGAGCACUUCCUCAAGGGCAAUCUCUACAACGACGUGGCACUGCUUAUCCUAGACCGUCCUUUCACCAAAACCGCAAGUGUGGGGACCGUGUGUUUGCCAAACCAGGACCAGCGGUUCAAUGCUAAUGAUUGUUUCGCCACCGGAUGGGGGAAGGACUCCUUCGGCGAUAAAGGCAGAUACGCGGUCAUUCUGAAAAAAAUCCAAAUGCCGUUAGUGCAGAACGAGAACUGUCAAAAAGCGCUCAGGGGCACCCGAUUAGGGGCGUCUUUUAUCCUGCACAGGUCGUUUACGUGUGCCGGAGGUCAGCCAAACCUGGACACUUGUACGGGUGACGGGGGGAGUCCUUUGGUGUGCCCCGACCCUAGCAACCCCAGCCGCUACUUGCAAGUGGGGAUAGUCGCGUGGGGGAUAGGUUGUGGUGAAAGUCAAAUUCCUGGUGUUUACGCCGAUGUGGCCACUUUCCGGACUUGGAUCGAUUUAAGGCUGCAAGAACUGGGCAUUAACACCAACUCAUACGUGCAGUAAUUACGUUAUUGUAAAUUUAUCGUGGCUUAAUAAAUCUGAAAUAAUA